AUGGAUUCGUUGAAUAAUUCACAAGAUGGUAAAGACGAUGGUGUUGGUGGCAAGGACUCAACACUGAAUAGCCCGGUGGAUGAGUUUUUCUCAAAGUUAGAUGAUCAAAGAGAUGUUAUUCAUUCAGGGAAGAAUAUUGGUUUGUCAGUCGAUGUUUUAUCGACAUCCUCAUUGUCAAGAGCCUCUACUUCUUCUGUACUAUCGUUAACAACUCGUAAUGGAAAACGGCUAACACGUGCAUUAUUGAUUGUAUAUAUAGUGGCUAAAGCGUUUGGGGAUGUUGGCGAUGUGAGCGUAUCGUUCAUCGCGCCUGUGUUUGGAACGGAAUUAGUGCUAAGUUCUACAACAAUCAAUCGGGCUAUUGCACUGUCUGGUGUCGGAGAUCUCAUUACACGUCUUGGUGUGGGAUGGCUAACCGAUAGAACAAUUUGUAUUGGCCGACGAGGAUUAUUGUUGGGUGUUACUUGGUUAGUUGAAGGGUUGAAUGCUUUCGCAUUCUCACAGCUACAUCUCUUGUCGGGAAAAUAUCAUGCAAACAGUCCACAGAAUGAUGAUUCGGUGACAAUUAAACUGCUGUACUACCUUUGCUUCACUAACCACAGGAUAUGUAGUGGUACAGCUAUGACACAAAUGGUUGUUGUACUGACAGAUUGGGUUGGUUCUGGCCAGUUGGCACGUUCGCUCGCCAUCACAAUGGUCAUUCUGGGAUUAGUCAUCUCUCCAGGACAAUUCCUUAUGGGUGUAAUCGCUGAUUUCUCUGGUUCCUAUGUUUGGUCAUUGUAUGUCUGUGGUGUCAUCCUCCUGUCUGCCGGUUUCAUUCUUCUUAUGGAAUUCCCUGUUCGUCGGCUGUAUCCAGUCAGCCAUGUUGGCUUGAAUACGAACACCAACAAUAAUAAUAUUAAUAAUAAUAAGAGUAGUAAGCUGUGCAUCACUGUCGAAGAUGAUAUCGAAGGUGGUGAUCUUGGCAACGGAUUAAUCAUCAAUGGUCACUGCGGGGAUCCGAUCGUCGGUAAGAACUCCGAAUUGUUUUUCCGUACAGCACCACCAAAUGAUGACACAAAAUGGGGAAUUAUAGAUUCUGAUAUGGAGAACAAUGUGAACAAUACUACAGAGCUUUUGAACACCUCAAAAAAUCGAUUGAAUCGCUCAUGA